UGUGACCUCGGGUCCCCGCGAUCCGCGAGCCUGUGGCGGGCGCAGGGGCGGCUGGGAAGAUGGCGACCUGGGUACCCUGUCGGAGGUGGGGGUGGGCGGCUGUGUCCUUCGGCCGGCACCGAGGCCCGAUCGCUUCGCUAGCUCGAAAGCCCCCACGGGCUUGGUGGCUGCCAGCUUGCAGACAAAAGGUAUCACUCUGUUUCCUUAACCGACCAGACCUUCCAAGCCUGGCUUAUAAGAAGCUAAAAGGCAAAACCCCAGGAAUUAUCUUCAUCCCGGGCUAUCUUUCUGAUAUGAAUGGUAAAAAGGCACUGGCAAUUGAGGAGUUUUGCAAAUCUCUAGGUCACGCCUGUAUAAGGUUUGACUACUCAGGAAUUGGAAAUUCAGAUGGUAACUUAGCAGAAUGCACAGUGGGGAAGUGGAGAAAGGAUGUCCUCUCUAUACUUGAUGAUGUAGCUGAAGGGCCACAGAUACUGGUCGGAUCUAGCCUUGGUGGAUGGCUCAUGCUGCACGCUGCAAUUGCACGGCCUGAAAAGGUCGUAGCUCUUAUUGGUAUAGCUACUGCUGCAGAUGGCCUGGUGACACAGUUCCGUGCACUGUCUGUUGAGGCGCAAAAGGAAAUAGAAAUGAAAGGGGAGUGGACCUUACCAUCUAAAUACAAUGAAGAAGGAUUUUACCACGUUCCAUACAGUUUCAUUAAAGAAGCGGAACACCACUGCUUGUUACAUAGCCCCAUUCCUGUGACCUGCCCUGUGCGCUUGCUCCAUGGCAUGAAGGACAACAUAAUGCCUUGGCACACGUCUUUGCAGGUCGCUGACCGAAUUGUCGGCCCGGAUGUAGAUGUCAUCCUUCGGAAACACAGUGACCACAGGAUGAAGGAAAAAGCAGAUAUUCAUCUGCUUGUUUGCACUAUUGAUGACUUGAUUGACAAGCUGUCAACUGUAGUUCACUAGAAUCACACUUGUGAUUGCUAUGCACUCUAAUGCACCCAGAAGAUUGAAAGAAUGGUAGUAAAUCAAAGACCCAGGUACAUUAGGGUUUAUCUCUUUUAUUUUGUAAAUAUCCAAUAAGUAUUUAUUUAAUGAUGUCUUUGCACAGCUACACAAAUUGUGACAAAAGUAUUAGCUGCUGUUUGGAAAAUUUCUUCCUUCCUUUUAUCGUUGAUAUUUUUCCCAUUAAAGUAGUACCUAUUUUUUUAUUCAAGAGAUAUUUACCGUUCUUAUGCAUACUUUAGCGGUGCCAGCACUUGUGUUCCCUUCUACUACAAUAAAGCUUGAAUAUUU